GAAGCAGAGCGCCAUCACUGCACGGCUUGAAGUGUAUAAGAGCGCACUGUGAAGUAACUAUAAGUGCAUGUUGUGAAGUAUAUAAGUGUGGAGGAGGACCUAAGGAGCGAUACAAAGCGUUACAGGUCAAAAGAAGAAGAAGAAGAAGGCGUGCUCGGCGAGUCGGCGGCUAAGCGACGUACACACGAGGCGGCGCGGCACCGGCGGUGAGGUGGAGCAAGGAUUUUGGAGUCUGUCAGCCCCACACUGGUGCCCUCACGCCUGUACCCAGCCCUGCACCCCGGGAGGUAGGCACCGCUCCUUCCUCGUCCUCUCCUACCAAGCUUUCCUGUGGCCGGGACUGUGUGGCUAAGGGAUGACGACCUACACUGAGGAAUACAUAAGGAACAAGCUCACCACAGAACUUGAGGCCUCUCAUGUUGAUGAAUCGGAGCUUUGAGGGGGAUGAGAGGCAAGAAACAGCCUACCACGUCAAGCCUGGCACAGCACCAUGCUUUUGUCUGCCUUCCUGGCUCAGUACUGACCUGCUUGUUGACCUGAACUACAUUACUGCCAGAACACUACUAAAACUGGGCCAUUUUUUCUUGUUGCCAACACUGUUUUGCUUCGUUGUCUCUGUUCUUACCUUAGGAAUAGUGAGUUCAGUCUUGAAACUUAUUAUUUGUAUGAGGGUGAUGUGCUUUAGUAACCUAUUUGUGGUGAGGAUAUCUGGAUAAGGUAAUAGAGAUUUGAAGAAAUGUAUAUUUAGAAAAAUUUAAGUACUGGUUUUCCUGUAUGUUGACAGUAAAAGGAAAAAGGAAGAGAAGAGUAAGUGGAUUGCUAUAAAAUACUAAACUGUGUGGGUAGUAUUGGUAUCUGCUGUGAGGAAACUAAGAGAAGUAAGGAAAACUUGAAGGUUUGUGAAAGGUUGCCUGCCCAUAGAUGUGCUAAGUAAAGCUGUAAGGCAUCAAGAGACAAGAAUAACAGCCAGAGGCCAUUGUGACAGCACCAGAAGGAACACUGAGGAGACAGGCGUGCAUUGUGAGAGAAUAUUUUAUGAGGCUACUCCAAGACCAUUGGAGGUGUGUGUCAUCAGGAGGAAAGGAAAGUUGGUGAAGGCUUGUGCUGACAGAAGCUACCACAGAGGUUCAACAAGGAGAGCAUCAGGUGUGUGUGUGUGCAUGUCAGCAAGAUGAACAAGAUGUCCAACACAGUCCUGGUUGUCCUGGUGGCCGUGCUGCUGCGCUGGUGUGUGUCCCUCCACCCAUACUCCGGCCAGGGUAAGCCACCCAUGUUUGGUGACUAUGAGGCACAGCGUCACUGGCAGGAGGUGACGGUGAAUCUGCCGCUGGCCGAGUGGUAUGCCAACACCACAGACAACGACCUGCAGUACUGGGGCCUGGACUACCCGCCCCUCACGGCAUACCACAGCCUGCUGUGUGGCAUGGUGGCGCAGUGGCUGGACCCGGCCUUCGUGGCUCUGCAUACCUCCCGUGGUUAUGAGAGUGCUGGCCACAAGCUGUUCAUGAGAUGUAGCGUAGUGCUGGCCGACCUACUGAUGUACAUCCCGGCCGCUUGGUGCCUGAUGCGGGCACUGGCCAGGCGUAAAGCCGGCCACCAGGAGUUUGUGUGCCUGCUGUUGUACCCUGGCCUGUACCUAGUGGACCAUGGACACUUCCAGUACAAUGGUGUGUCCCUGGGCCUGUUUGUGGGAGCGGUGGCAGCACUGAUUGCCAGCCGGGACUGCCUGGGCUCGGUGCUGUUCUGUCUGGCUCUGAAUUACAAGCAGAUGGAACUGUACCAUGCACUGCCCUUUUUCUUCUACCUACUGGGGGUGUGCUUCAGGCAGAGGGGUGUGCUGGGGUUCGUGUGGAAGCUGGCCAAGCUGGGGUGCUCCGUAGCCUUUGCCUUCUCAGCUGUGUGGCUGCCUUUUGCUGAAGAUCCAGCCGUGCUGACCCAGGCUGUGCGGAGGCUGUUCCCCUUCGAGCGGGGGCUGUUUGAAGACAAAGUGGCCAGUGUGUGGUGCAGCCUGUCAGUGCUGGUGAAGCUCAAGACACUGGUGGACACACGCAACAUGGCUCUCAUCUGCCUGCUGUCCACGGCAGUGUGCAUGCUGCCCUCCUCCCUCCACCUGCUUGCCCGCCCCACCAGCCGUCACCUGCGCUACGCCCUGCUCAACAGCUCACUUGUCUUCUUCCUGUUCAGCUACCACGUCCACGAGAAGACCAUCCUGCUGGCCGCCAUCCCUGCCUGCAUGCUGGUCUCGGAGGAGCCCUUCAUGGCUGCCUGGUUCCUCACAGUCUCCACCGUCAGCCUCCUCCCCCUCAUGGCCAAGGAUGGCCUUACCAUCCCCCUAGUGGCCCUCACCAUCCUGUUUGUGGCCCUGACUCACUUCUACCUGCUGGCUGACACUCACAAGGGGGCCAAGAAGGGCCGCGUUUGGGUGUGGAUGAGGUGGACAUACUACCUUUCCCUGGCCGGCCUGGCAUUCCUUGGGACGGCCCUACUGGCCGUGGAGCCCCCGGCCAGGCUGCCAGACCUCUUCCCUGUCCUGCUGGCCAUCUACUGCUGUGGCCACUUCAUCUUCUUCUGCCUCUACUUCCACCACUGCCAGUUCAAUAUCAAGUACAACGACGCCAACAUCAACAAUGACAACGUCACUGCCGCCAAGAGUAACACCCACCGUAAAGUUAAGGUCAACUAAAGUCAAGGGUAGCCUUGCUUUGCCUUGCCUUCCCUGCCUUCCUUGACCAAGCCUAACAUAGCACUCAGACCAAGAUUAGCUAGGGGGGGGUUGCCUGUGUGGGUAUGGGUUUCAUGCACCGAAAAUAUAUUAUGGUGAGAAAAGGACAGGAAAAGUGAGAGGUGCCUGGUCACCUGUCUCCUCUUCUCACUUUACAAACAUCAAGCAAUAUUCUGUGUCCACUCUGUCAUACCUCUUCCACCACUUUCCAUCUGUUGUCCGUAAAGAAGUUCAGAACAGCUGCAGGAAGCACAUCUGCUCCUGGCCAGAUGAAAACAUGUCAGUGAGACAACACACUGACAUUGUCCUGAAGCAAACACAUUUUUUGCCAGCACAACACAAAAAUUUCCUUGCUUCAAGGAAACAAGCUGAAAAUAUAAACAUUGAUAUGAUUUCAAACAGACCACAAACAUAAUGCAAAUGUUUCCUGUUUAUUUAUAUUGAAAAGAAACUAACAAGGUGUUUAAAGAAAUAAAAUGAUACGAAUACAAAUACAGAACACCAAUGAACUUAAGGGAUUUUUUUCUCAUUCCAGAUAUAU